AUGGAAAAAAUGAAGGCUUUGGCUCGCUCGGCAGUGUAUUGGCCUAACAUUGACUCUGACAUAGAGGAAAAAUGUAAGAAAUGUGUACCAUGCCUCAUUAACAAAGCCAAUCCACCACAUACGGAGCUGACACCAUGGCCAUUGGCUACGAAACCAUGGGAAAGAGUCCAUGUUGAUUACAUGGGACCGAUUAAGGGUUUGCAUUUUCUGAUUAUUAGAGAUGCAUAUACCAAGUGGAUGGAGGUUUUUCCUGUAAGCAAAAUAACAUCAUCAAAUACUGUGAGACAUUUAAGGGAGAGUUUUGCCAGAUAUGGAAUCCCAGAGUUGGUGGUGUCUGAUAACGGAACUCAGCUGGUGUCCAGAGAAAUGGAAGAAUUCCUUAAGAGAAAUGGAAUUAAACAUAUGACGUCCCCCCCUGGUCAUCAAAAACCAAAUGGUCAGGCAGAAAGUGCGGUAAAGAUUUCCAAAAAUAAGUUGAAAACCUACUUGGCUGACCGUGAAAAUGUCAGGGAAGACAUGUUCACUCUGACUUCUAGAUUUUUGUAUCAUUACAGGAAUUCCGUACAUUCGUCAACAUCAGAAACACCUGCCAAGCUAAUGUUCAACAGAGAGAUAAGAACUAGAUGGUCCCUGUUGAAAGAUAAAGCCCAUUGUGCAAGAGACACUGCAGACAGCGAAGCUCUUGAGAGUUUGUAA